UUCAGCCAACUCCAUUCAGCAGUCAAGCCAAAUCCUAGAAAAUUACAUUAGGCAGUCAAUUGUGAAAAUUUUGAAGUGCUAAUCUCUCUAAGGACUAUACCGAUCACAUUAUGGAACAAACGAGAAAAAAUCAAGCAUGAACUCCAAUAAUCGCGGCAGCAAGUCCGAAAAAGAGACGUGGGCGCAAUCUGUAACAACCGUGACGCCGCAAGAGCAUGGCACGAUUCGGACCAUCACGAGUGACACUGUCGUUUCUGGAUCAUCGGAACUUCCUCUUGAGACCGAUCCCGCAAAUUUCAGCGAGCGAAUUCCUAUCAUCGCGAGUCAGCCUCUCAUCGACCCUCAAGAACUCGAGGAUAAUUAUUCGGCUGACAAAGAAUGCCAGACUUAUUUGCAAGGUGUUCCAAAGGUAGUGUUGCCGGACGAGUGCGUAGACGAAGCUACGCAAACUGUCUACAUUGGCCGGGACUGUCGAACCAAUAUUUCUCUUCUGCAGCCACUUCGGGAUGUCAUCGCUUCUGCAAAUGACGCGGAAUUUCCGGAAAUAAAGAAGAGCGAGAUGGUGCAGACAAUAACGACAUUCAAGCCAUGGUUUGGGCUCGACUCGACUUCGGAUUUUAACAUGGAAGACGCAGCCAUAGAGAUCUUAGGAAUAGAUAUCACCGAGGAAGAACAUGACGACGACAGAAUUGUCGUCAGAGCCGAGGAAGAGAAAGAAUCCGAGAUCGUCACAAAAGAUUUCCUCGACUUCGUAGUCGCCAGAACGCUUUGGAUUUGUGAGCCAAAAUGGACAUCCCAGAAAAUGGCUAACGCGAGGCGAAAGGACGAAGGCACGCAAACUCGUAUUAAAUAUGACUAUAGAAUUAAAAGAUUUAUUUUCGAUGCCGAGAUGCAGACCGACUUGUCAUGUGGGCCUAAGACAUCUACGUCUCGUUUGUUGGACGAGUAUUGGGAAAUGAGAAAUUCGAUUAAGACUAUUGUAGACGACUGUUUCAUGAAAGGGGUCUACCCACGAAUCGUUAUAGACGAAACGGUUAACGGAUUGCUGGACCAGUGUGCGAAGCAUAUCCACUUGCCACCAAAGGAAGGAACUGCUCAAACAGUGGCUUCGUUUGGUGUGGGCUUUAAUAAAGAAGAACAGAUUCUAAACAAAUUAAAAUUACCACUUGUGGUCGACCCCUUGGAAUCAUCAGUCAUCGUUAUUCCUCUUCUUGACGCUGGACUCGAAGAAGUGUGUAAUUUCGUGAAACAAGAUGCGCUUAUUAUAGCAAAUAUUAUACUUUCCAACCUUGUCUGUAAAACCGUGAAAAUCGGGGCGAAGCUGCAAGACAUUCGAGCAGUUCACUCAGUGUCUAAACCACCGAUAGAUGAUAUUUUCAUUCUGCGGAAGAAAAAAAUAAAGGAGUCAAUGCAAAGAAGGAAAAUGGAAAACGCGUCGACGCAAACGAAUUUAGCAGGUGUGCCAGAAGUUGGGAUGCUAGAAAAGUCGAAGGAAAUGCCUUGCAUCAUUUGCAAAACACAAUCACGGUGCUAUGCUUGUGCGAAUGAAGAGGAAGGGGUCGAACAAUCAGUUCUAGGGAAAGGAAGUCUAACGACUCGAAACAUUCUCCUGGCAUAUGAUCCAUGUUACUUUGAUGAAACACAUUUAAAACAAAAGAAAAUACCUUUUCUUGAACCCGGAGACUCUCGAUCAACUGACAACGUGAAGGGACCAUUCAUCAAGACACUACCCAUAGGACUUACAAAAAGAUCUAUAAAGAAAGAAGAAAUCAAGGAAAUCGAACAAAAACCCUUCAAGAUAUCUCGAAAACUUCCUUCUCAGGGUUCUUUAAACUCAUGGAUACAUACAGUGGAUACGUCGUUAAACACUGCAUGGACGACUCAGGAUUUUAAGAUCAAUGAAAGAAAAGCCUCGUCGACUACUUUAUCUGUGACUUCAACUUCAUCGACCCCUACACCGAGUCAUUUACUGCCGUCAACAUUUGACCAUAAAACUGCUGGACGAUGUCAAGAAAAUGCAAAUCUACUGGCUUUAAAAGCACUUCACAUUUUAAAAAAUGCUUGUUGCACUCCGCACUCUUGUGCAGUACUAAAUCAAAAAGUGGGUACAAAACAAGUAGGAUAUAAUCAACAGCCAAGACAGUCAAAAAGAAGUUGGCGCCAGGCCAAAAAUAAUCAAUCCAAAGUAGUUGGAAAGUCGAAGGAGGAUGAUUUUACGGUUAUUCCUGUUAGAAUGAUAUCCGAUUCUGAAUUGUAAUUAUUACCUUUCCUUGUAUAUUAUAGU